CUGGUGAUGGGUGCACCUUGGGAGACCCAAAGCACUAGGUUGGGGACAGGUCCUCCUGGUGAAAGUCUAUGUGGUCACUAAAAGUUGACAUUGACUUGAUGGCACAUAAGAUUCACACAUCACACUAAGCCAGCCUUGUUAUGGUUAAAUGUAAAAUGUGAACAGCCAGUGGAGAACAAAGAUGGAGAAGGUGCAAGUUAAUUUCAUCUAUAUUUUUCAAAAAAUCAGAGUGACCUUAUGUCUUUCAAUAAAAUGUGUUGGUUGGAAAAGGUGUUACCAGACUCCUCCUGAUUUCUUAUCACCGUAGAUGAACAUGGCUCUCCUCCUACAGCGUCUUCAUUUUUCAAAAUCUCUUGCUGAUGCAUGGAACGCCUCACAAUGCUAGUCUAAAUCUAACACUGGCCAGUGUUUUCUUUUGAAUGCAGCACAUGCUUUUGAAGUUCCACAGACUUCUGCCUAGCAUUGAAAGAGAAGAGCAGAGGGUCUGCAAUCCUUUAUUUUGCCUGGCUGAGGCUUUGCAUUGUAAGGUUUCCCAUUGGCACUCAAGGAUGGGCCUCGUUUCCCGCCCAUCCCUUUCACUUCCGGCAGACACUGCUUCUGCACCACACAUUUUCAGUCUCCCCCCUCCCUUCCAAUGUUCUGUCACUGCUCUGGAAUCCUUGGUAUGAGGGAAGGGGAAGACAACAUAGUUUGUGCCUCCUUGUGCCUCUGCAGUCAUGAAGUUGGUUCCCGUGGCUGCUCUCCUUGUCUUGCCUGUGGUUGCUCAUCUGGCCUCAGGAAAGAAGUUCCGAUGGUGCACGCUUUCCCAUCUGGAGCAGAAGAAAUGCUCUGAGCUCUCCAAAGCUCUUCUGUCUGUUUCGCCACCCGGCUCCAGCGGUGCUUUUACGAGGGUUUCUUGCAUCCGAGCUCACAACACUUACGAAUGUAUCAAUAAGAUUCGAGAGAAUAAAGCCGAUGCGGUUUCCUUGGAUGCUGGAGAUGUAUAUUCUGCCAUAAAGCUUUAUGGUUUAACUGUGGUGGCAAAGGAGAUCUAUUUGGAAGGUAGCUGUGUAUUUGCAGUGGCUGUGGCCAAACGUGGAACGCUGGAUCUCCAAAGGCUCAAAGGAGCCCGAAGUUGCCAUAAUGGAGCUUGGUGGACCUCGGGCUGGAACAUUCCCAUGGGAUUCCUCUUGGCUAGGAAAGAUCUGGUGUGGGACUCAGGCCAGCCCCUCGGCCAUGCAAUCAGUGGUUACUUCAAUGCCAGCUGCAUCCCUGGCAUCGGAGUUUCCUAUCCCAAGCUUUGUGCUCUCUGCCAAGGGCAGAAGUCGUACAUCCGGGAGAAGGACCAUUUCUGCGAGAGCAGCAACAGCGAACCCUUCUUUGGCUCAGAGGGAGCCUUCAGAUGCCUGAGGCUGGGGCUGGCAGACGUUGCCUUCCUGGAUCACCUGGCCGUCAUGAAUGCUACAGAGUUGGAACGGGAAGAGCACGAGCUGCUGUGCCCCGAUGGAUCUACUGCUCCCUUGGCGGCCUACUCCGCUUGCCACCUGGGCCACGGACCAGGUCGUGCUGUUGUCACACGCCGCAACUUUCAGAAGAUAACUAAGAAAUUUCUCAUGAUCAUUCAGGUAUUUCUUGGCCAGCAUGUGCAGAUUCUGAUUCUCAAGGAGGGACCGAACAUGGGGCUGGUGCCUGAGGUUCACUCACAUGCCAGCUGGGAAUUCUGGGAGUUGAAGUCCACACAUCUUCAAGUUGCUGAGCGCCUGUUUGGAAACAGCGGGAAAGAGAAGGCCAGAUUCGAGCUCUUCGCGUCUGCAUCGUUCAGUGGGAAGGAUCUGCUGUUCCACGAUGCUGCUCAGCACCUGCAGUUGCUUGGAGAAGAGACUGAGAUCAGCCAAGUUCUUGGCCUGGAUUACGUCGCUCUCCUGCAGGGUCUGGGACACGAAGGGCGCUCCCUGUCCAGCAGCGUGGUGCGCUGGUGCUGUAUCAGUGACAUGGAGCUCCAUAAAUGUGAGGAGUGGGCUCUGAGUGUCAGGUCUGACCCGCUGGUCUGUGUCCAAGCAGACUCCAUGAUCAACUGCAUUGAGCUCAUCAAGAAAAAUGAGGCAGAUGCUGUUACGCUGGAUGCCACGCAUGUCUACUUUGCUGAGACCUGUGCGCUUGCUCCUGUUGCGGCAGAGUGUUAUGGAGAAGAAUGUGCCCUGAGAAGAGAGGAACCCGAAAGGUCAACCCACGCUGGGGGGCUCCCUCCGCUCUACGUCGUGGCCCUGGUAAGAAAGACAGGCCAGCAUGUAAACAGAUACAGCCUGAGGGGAAAGCGCUCCUGCCACAGCCACGUGUACAGCCCAGGGGGGUGGCUGCUGCUUUCACAGCACACCGUGGGGUCUCUGGAGGAGGGCGGCAGCUUAUGCAACCUCACCUCCGCAUACCAGUAUUUCUUCUGGAAGGGCUGCAUGCCAGGAGCUGGUGGAGAUCUGUGCAAAGUGUGCAUCGGGCAAGAGGAGGGAGGCAAGGGGUCGUCCAGGUGUGCAGCUAAUCAUCAUGAACGGUACUAUGGCAAUCUAGGGGCCCUCAGAUGCCUCUUGGGUGACCCCACUGGAAGAAGCUUUGGUGACGUGGCUUUCUUGGAACAUCAUAACCUACUUCAGAACAUUGAAUACCUGAAUAGCUCAGGAUGGGCCGCUGGCUACACUCCAGGGGAUUUUGAGCUUGUGUGCCCGGACGGGAGCCGUGCAGCCAUAGCAGCUUGGAGGGCCUGUAACCUGGGCCAUGUUCCGCCCAGCGUUGUGGUGACACGGCCAGUGACCGUCACCAAAGUCUCUGAUUUUCUGGCAAAGUCCCAGGAAUCCAGCAAGAACAGCCGUUUUCAGCUCUUUCAGUCACUAAAAUAUGGAGAAAGCGAUCUGCUCUUUAAAGAUGCUACUCGACGGCUUGUUUUCACAGGCCAGUUGGAUUUCAAGUUGAUGCUCGGGCAGCCUUUCUUUCAGCUUGCACAAUCCGUCUUUAGCUGCACCCCUGCAGCUAUCCUGGACUUCUGCAACCAGGAUACUUGUACCUCUUCCACACAGCCCUGAGGUUAUUCAGAG